AUGAGAGCGUUCAUCAAAUGUCUUUUGCGAUUCAAAGGUAAAGGCACAGACCUUCAUGAAGGCAUACUCGGCGCUGUCAGCACAUAUUAUGGAUGCGUCGAAGCUCAAGGCAGAGGGACGCUGCACUGUCAUAUGCUGAUAUGGCUCAAAGGUGGUCUCAAUCCCAAUGAGAUCAAGGAUUCGAAUAUUACAAAGAAGAUGUAUCAAUACCGAAAUCAAACCUUUCAUCCGUGUUCGACUCGAGGAAAAGAUGCACAUUUCCUGGCCAAAAAAUGCCGAAUUCACAGGCAUUCAAAAAUGUGCUGGAAAUACUGGAGGGGCCCACCAGAACUGAAGGAAUGUUGUUUUGAUCUAGACGAGAAAAACAUACAUCCAAUAAGCCUGACUGAUCCAGAUACAGGAGAGAUUACCUUAAAGUGUUUGGACAGUCUAGUCAAUCAUUUUAAUGCGAGCAUAUUGGAAGCUAUGAGGUUGCAAUAUGGAUAUAAAGUUCAUCGGUUCAGGGCCGGCUGCGAAAGCGAUACUAUGCUGCAAAAAUGUGCUCACUCGAUGAUUUCUCAUCAAGAGCUGUCUGCACAGCAAGUGUGUUCGUACUUGAUGGAUUUUGAAGACCACUUCACGAGCCCAGAGUACCGUGGCUUAUAUUGGACAAACUUUGAAUCCUUUGUCGAAAAGACCACUCACAAUUAUGAUGAUGAUACCAAAGGAAAUUUAGAUGGGCAUGAUGAGGAAUUGGAGGAUAGGCCAGUUGAAGGAACCCUUGAUGACGACGGUGUCUAUGUCGAACAGCUUCAAAACGACGAAAUCAGAAUCAGCAGUGACAAGUUUGGAAAUCAUGUACCCAAAGCUGUGCAGCUUAUGGACUACUUGCAUCAAGACGAAAAGUUCAACAACAUAAGUGUAUAG